AUGCCCCCGGGAGACAUAAAAAUAGAACUCGAGAACGUCGAGUUUUCAAAAGUUCCCAAUAUCGUGGCGGAAGUGCUGAAAAUUUUUAUGACUGUUCUGCGUCGCAGCAAAUUACUGUGUAGUUUUGUACCGAGUCUGUGUAUACUCGAGGGCAUUGAGAACGGUCUGGACUACCACAGUGGUAUGUUGAUAGCAGAGCUGGUCGGUGUCGUGACGCGCCAGGACACUUCUGCAUAUUCGACCCUGAUCGUGGCAAUCGCGGGCAUCGCACUGCUCAAUUCCGUGGUUGGCACUUGUAGGAUCUUCCUGACCGCCUACGCAAACGUCGUGUUCCGUCAGGUGCUCACCCGUAAAGUGCACAAUAUGUACUUCCGAAAUCACAACUUUUACCAAGUUAACUGCCGAGAGAAACCUCUACCGAAUCCCGAUCAACGCAUCGGUUCCGACGUCGACAUCUUGGGUGAUUAUCUGUGUUGGAUGCUGUCGGUGAUAAUGACCACACCGUUCACAAUCACGUACUACUUCUUUCAAGUGGGGAGCACCCUCGGCUGGACAUACUCGAUGAUUAUUGUCAGCUAUUUCUUCGUGAUCGUCUUCUUCAGCAAAGUUCUCCGAAAACCAAUUAUCCCCAGAGUGUGUGAAAAACAAAAGAUGGAAGGCCGCUUCCGACAACAGCAUCUCGACGUCGUAGAGAACGCUGAGCGAAUCGCUUUCGUGCACGGAGCCGACGCCGCGGAGUAUCGCUACACGGAGCAGGCAUUCAACAGGCUCGUGCAAGCGUCGAAAGUAGUGCAAUUCCUCACGAUUCCAGUGCAUUUCGUCAUGCGUCUCGAUUCCCGAAUGGUCUGCGUAGUGACCGCUCUCAUUUGCGGGACUCAUAUAUUUUCAACGGAAAACAAGCUUUCCGAGUCCGAUCUCAGCGCCAAAUGGACGAAAAUAUUCUUCCUCGUAUCUCAAUUGGCGACGCUAUGCCACAAAUACGUUUUCAUAAUCAGUCAUCUGAUUAAUAUCGAAGCCAUGAUUCGGCGUAUAGCCGAAUUACUUGACGGGAUGGAUGAUUCGAGCAGAAUUAUCAACGAACAGGGGACGUUGGAUACCGAACCUCGUUAUUCACUUAGGAAUCUCACCGUCGUCGGGCCCAAUGGACAAGUUCUCGUGAGAGAGCUCAAUAUCGACUUCGGUAUACGACACAACAUCCUCAUCUGUGGACCCAGUAACGUUGGCAAGAGUUCUUUGUUGCGCGUUCUGAGGAGAUUGUGGCUCCCAGCCGAAGGUCAGGUCAUCUUCAGCGGACAAAGCAGUCAGGUCAUGUUCGUUUCUCAAAACAUGUUCUUCGGAGCGGCCUGCGGCUCACUACGGAAAGCUCUCACUUAUCCUCGAGAUGAUGCCGCGAUCGGAAGAGAUACGACGGACGAACUGCUCGCGGUGCUGAUGAAACUGAAGUUGUCGCAUGUUCUGAAGCGAUUCGCCGGGGAUUUGGAUCGAGAAAUCGACGAGCACACGCUGUCAGUGCUCUCGUCGGGUGAGCGACAAAGAUUGUCCUUGGCUCGUAUCUUGUUUCAUAGGCCCAAACUCGCGUUCUUGGAUGAAGCAACGAACGCAGUUGACAGAACUCUCAUCCAGAUUUUCUUCCGUGAAUGUAAGAACCUUGGAAUAACCACGGUGACUGUGACGCAUAAUCGAGAGCACUUGUUAGAGUUCCACGAUAGAAUCCUCGAAUUGCGGGAAGAUUCAACGUGGACAAUCAAAUGUUUGGCUGACAAUAAUUCUGAGAGAGAGACCGUGUGA